CCUUGAUACAGGUGUUGUGGAUUUUGAUUGGUUGAAUGGGCCGUCCUCUGCUGAAAGCCGGCAGAGCGAGAUUAUCAAAGAGUGCUCUGCAGAGAGUAAGAAGCGAGAUAUACUGACAUGGGACAGCAGUAAGGUGUUAUUAACACAUAACGCAAAAUAUAUCUGAAAGCCUUAUCUCACCACACUACGGACAGAUGUAUAUUUAAAAGGCCGUGGACAACUUUAUUCCCAGUUCAAAUAAAAGGAUGUGUUUUUGUUGUCUCUCCCCCCCACCCAAGUAGAAAUUGAAUAUCUGAAGCAGCAAAACCAGACUCACAGAAUAAAACACGUUCGAUGAGUGGAAACUGAGUGGAAACGACAACUGUCAAUGGAAAUUACCUGGAAGGUUCCUGCGUGCUGACUGCCUCACAGAAAGGCGGUUGUGUUAUGAGAGAAGUUGGAAGCAAAAAUUAAAUUUGCACAAAUGCUGCAAGACUGGAAGUAACAUUGAAUAUUUAAAUGCCUACCUGAGAAACAUUACUAAGCCCCGAUGGUUUUUAUUUUCCUAUUCAUCUUGUAUUUGGAGGAACUUGCUUAGGUUGCUGACUAGCGUUGGAUGCACUGAGUGCGAGAGAAAUGGCUCUCUUGCAUUUUUUAGGAAAGAGGACACAUUUGAGGACAGCUUUUUCUGUAUUGCAGUUUACCUUUACAUUGGCUAUAUAUUUGUGUGCCAGUGAGACAGUGCAAGUCAGACAUGAAGAUGACGACAGGUCUCUCUGUCAAUCCAACCUGUUGGAGUUGCUAGAAUUGGCACAAAGCACUGAAUAUGAAAUUGUAGCUCCAUAUGAAGUCAACCACAAAGGGAAAUACAUCUCUCACGCAGUUGCCCAUCACCACAGAAGGAAAAGAUCUGUUCAGAACAGGGCAGAGGAGUCUGUUCACUUCAGACUACAUGGCUUCGGGCAGGACUUUCAUUUAGAACUCCAGUCUUCAGGUAGCUUGUUAGCACCUGGUUUUACAAUACAGACACUGGGAAAGAGUGGGACAAAAUGUGUGGAGACUUACCAGCAUGAAGACCUUUGCUUUUAUCAGGGGUCGUUAAGAUCGAAGAUCAACUCUUCAGUAGCAAUUUCUACAUGUAAAGGCAUGUCAGGUUUGAUAAGGACACAGGAUGCAGACUAUUUUCUGAAGCCUCUACCUCAGCAUCUUGCACUUAAAGAGAACUUUACAGCUUCUACUGGCCACCAGCCUCACAUCCUUUACAAGAGGUCCACAGACAGCCAGAGGCACUUAGUAGACAAUGAGGUUAUAAUUGCUAGAAGACCUAAAGCCAUGGGAUACUACAGUGAAGGGCCUCGUCACCAGCAUCCACGCAACAACUACAAGUUUGGGCAGCUGCAGAAGCAACAUUUCUGUGGAAGGCGCAAGAAAUAUAAGCCUAAACCUCCAGAGGAGGACAUCUACAUUUUGCCAGACGAAUAUACAUACCUGUCCAGAAGCAAACGUGCAGUCAUGUUCAAGUCCCAGAGAAACGAGAAGCUGAAUGUGGAGACCCUGGUGGUGGUGGAUAGAAAGAUGAUGCAGAAUCACGGAAAUGAAAAUAUAACUACAUAUGUUCUGACUAUACUAAACAUGGUGUCUGCGCUGUUCAAAGAUGGAACAAUAGGAGGAAACAUAAAUAUUGCAAUUGUGGGCCUCGUGCUUUUGGAAGACGAUCAGGCAGGGCUGGUCAUCAAUCACCAUGCCGACCACACUUUGAACAGCUUCUGUCAGUGGCAGUCAGGGUUGAGUGGAAAGGAUGGGAGCCGCCACGACCAUGCCAUUCUGCUGACCGGGCUGGAUAUCUGCUCCUGGAAGAAUGAACCCUGUGACACUUUAGGUUUUGCACCAAUCAGCGGGAUGUGUAGUAAAUAUCGCAGUUGUACUAUCAACGAAGAUACUGGACUUGGACUGGCUUUCACUAUCGCACAUGAAUCGGGUCAUAACUUUGGCAUGAUUCAUGAUGGUGAAGGAAAUGUUUGCAAAAAGUCUGAAGGCAACAUCAUGUCUCCAACACUGGCUGGCCACAAUGGGAUCUUUUCAUGGUCUGCAUGCAGUCGGCAAUAUCUUCACAGGUUUCUGAGCUCUGCCCAGGCCACCUGUCUUGCAGAUGAGCCCAAGUCUGUGAGGGAGUACAAGUAUCCGGACAAGCUUCCAGGGGAGCUGUAUGAUGCAGACACCCAGUGCAAGUGGCAGUUUGGGGAAAAGGCUAAGCUCUGCACAUUGGACUUCAAAAAGGACAUUUGCAAAGCAUUGUGGUGCCACCAGGUUGGCAGAAAAUGUGAGACCAAGUUCAUGCCAGCUGCUGAGGGCACUGCUUGUGGGCCUGAUAUGUGGUGUCGCCGUGGUCAGUGUUUGAACCAUGGAGAUGAAGGCCCCCGCUCUGUUGAUGGUCACUGGUCAGUCUGGUCAGGUUGGUCUAGUUGUUCAAGAAGCUGUGGAGCGGGGGUGACCUAUCGAGAGCGGCACUGCAAUAAUCCAAGGUCGAUGUAUGGUGGGAAGUUCUGUGAGGGCUCUUCUCGUGCAUACAAACUUUGCAAUGUUCAUAACUGCCCUGUAGGCAGCAUUGAUUUCCGGGCCAAACAGUGUGCAGAAUUCAACAGCAAGCAAUUCAGGGGCUGGUAUUACAAAUGGAAGCCAUUUACUCGAGUCGAUGAGCAGGAGCUGUGUAAACUGUAUUGUUCCGCAGAAGGCUUUGACUUCUUCUUCGCCCUCUCAAGUAAAGUCAAAGAUGGUACUUCAUGUUCAGAGAGCAGUUCAAAUGUGUGCAUUGACGGAGUAUGUGAGCUUGUUGGCUGUGACCGUGUGCUGGGCUCCAGCGCUGUGCUGGAUGUCUGUGGUGUCUGCAAAGGCAACAACUCAACUUGUGAAAUAUCCACAGGCCAAUACAACAAACAGCAUUACACACAUCAAUACCACAGUGUAGUAACCAUUCCAGCAGGGGCCCGCAGCAUUCGCGUGUAUGAAAUGAACAGCUCCAGCUCCUACUUGGCGGUGAGAAACUCCUAUCACAAGUACUACCUCAAUGGGUACUGGACUGUAGACUGGCCUGGCAGGCACACGUUUUCAGGGACUGUGUUCGAAUACAAGAGGCCGUACAGUCGACCUGAGAGCCUCACGGCCACAGGACCUACAAACGAGACUUUAGUGGUAGAGAUUCUCCUUCAAGGCAGAAAUCCAGGGGUUGGUUGGGAAUACGCUCUUCCAAAACCAGAUGGUGAUAAGAUGAGGUUACCAAAGCACAACUACACAUGGGCCAUAGUCCGAUCUGAGUGCUCAGUGUCCUGUGGGGGAGGCCAGAUGACCACGAAAGCAGCUUGUUACCGCAACUUACAUAUGCAAGUGAGCCUGUCCUUCUGUAACCCCAAGUCUCGGCCUAUGACUGGACUGGUCUCCUGUAACGCACAGGCUUGCCCUCCGAGCUGGAGUGUUGGAGACUGGGGCGAGUGCAGUCGCAGCUGUGGAAUGGGUGAGCAGCUCCGGCAAGUCCUCUGUACACAGAAGGUGAAUUACAACGAGAUGGAGACGGUGACUGACACAAAGUGUCCACAGCCGGUCCCAUUGCGGAGACAGACCUGUAACCCCCACAGCUGCCCCCCUGCCUGGAGCGCAGGGCCCUGGUCUGAGUGCUCUCGUAAAUGUGGUAAAGGACUGAAGAAGAGGACAGUGGUCUGCAAGAGUACUAACUCCACUCCGAGGGCUCAGGUACUUCCAGACAGCUCCUGCUUAGCUGAGCCCAAACCCAAACCCCAGGAGGCCUGCAUGGUGAAACUCUGCCAGAAGAAUCGCAAACUCCUGUGGUUUGUUUCCACAUGGAGAGAGUGUUCCGUAACAUGUGGCAAAGGAAUACAGAAGAGGCUGUUGACAUGUGCAGAGAAGGAUGUUGCAGGGAAAUACAAAGAGCUGGCUCCCAAGAGAUGCCACCAUGUGCAGAAGCCUGCUGUACAGCUGGAGAGGGAAUGCAACCUGGCUGCCUGUCCCAGGCUAGUCACUCACACUGUCACCAGCAGUGCUCGGGCUGGCUGGUACUCCUCCCCCUGGUCUCAGUGCACAGUGCCCUGUGGAGGUGGAGUUCAGGCACGCUCAGUGCAGUGCUUAGCACAUGGAAUGCCCUCCUCAGGUUGCCUUUUUCAUCAAAAGCCAGUUAUGUCUCAGGCCUGUAACACCAAUUUCUGCCCUGAGCCUGAAAAGAAAGAUGUGCCAUGCAAGGAUUACUUCAAUUGGUGUUACCUGGUCCCCCAGCAUGGAGUUUGCAACCACAAGUUAUAUGGCAAACAAUGCUGCAAAUCCUGCUCUCAGUCAAAUCUGUAAGCCUCUAAGAAACAUCCCAUCAUUGUCGACCAUGAAGACAGAUUUUCCAUUGAAGUUCCUGCACAUAACACUGAACUCACUGACAUUUUGAUCAGACUAGAAUACAAAUAAGUGCCUUAUUGAAACUUUAUAGCGCCAACAACUUUGGUCUUAUUGCUGGCAUUGACCAUAAUUAAGUCUUAGAGAAGUUGUUGCCCAAGGCUUAGAAGAUUAAACAUGACCUUUUUUUCUCAUUGGAAAACAUAAUUUGACUUUGGAAGGAUAAAAAAAAAAAAUACGCAAAGACAUUAGCUUUUAAUGACAUUGGAAGGCAUAAUAGUCCUCAAUGGAAAUCUUGCUCAUAACCGCACACACACAUCUGGGGCAUCUGUUCUAAAGAAAGCAGCAGGAGAACAUCGCUCCUUUAGGAACACACAUUAAGUAUUAACAUAUUAAUUUUAUUUUUUAAGUAUUGUGUUUGGGGAUUGUAACAUUUAAUGGUAUUUCUCUAUGUGAAGGGAACAGUAGAGAUUUUCACAGACAAUGAGGAAUUUUAUGGGG